UUUUUUUUAAACAUUUUAAAUUGGUGAAGUGUUUUGAAAAAUCGCUAAUUUAACUGAUAUUAAUAAAAUAGUGAACCAUGGUCUUGCGCUCAGGCAUAAUCUUACCAUUUCAAUUUCGAGACACCAAAAAGCUGCUUAUGAUUGGAGUACCCGAAGAGAAUCGCGAUUUAAGUAUAUGGGAUUUGAAAAAUGUCGUACGCGCUGCGUUCGGGAUCUAUAAUUUUGAGUUUCGCAACAAAAAGAUUGGCUUCAAUAUACCAGAUGAGCUGUUGUUACAGUAUUUGGCCCAACGUCAUGAUCUAACAAAUUUCGUUAUAGAAAUUGGACAAGGUAAUGAUGAUACAGCUCUCAAUCUGAAGGAUCAAAUCAGUUAUGAACCGUCCUGUUCGCAAAAGCUUAGUAUACCCUUGCCGCAAAAGUCGAACGAUUCGCUUACAAAUGAUUCGGCUAUGAUGGCUACGCAAAUCCAGCAAAUGUACGGUAGCAAUGCAAAUACGAUAUCUGCCGGCGGUUUAAUACAAAGAUCGAGAACGCCGUUAGAUGGCAUGGAAAAUCAUUCAAAUAAUUCAAGCAAUUUAGAACCGGCCCAUCGAAUACGAGUGCUACAAGUCUAUAAUGAGCAUACGCCGGAAUCGUUAACGCAAUCUAUCGAUCCAAUGGACAUAAUACCAAAAUCAGAACAAGAUGAGACGGAAUUGAGUGAAACGCAAGAGAUGCGCUAUAAUCGACAUCAGCACCAGGAGCAGCAGCAACAGCAACAGCAACAACAACAACAGCAGCAGCAGCAGCAGCAGGACAUGCAACCACAAAUUCAUCAUCAGGAACAGCAAGCGAGUGAAACUCAAAUGCAGCAACCGCCACAUCUGCAGCACCAACAGCAACAGUCACUAUCCCAACAUUUUAUGCCUAACUAUGGCCACCAUGGUAGCAUCAUAAGUAAUCAGGGAAAUACAGCGGUGGCAAAUCCUCCUAGUUCCCCUUUACCUUCAGCAUUGCAAAUUCAGCCACCACCGCCCACACCACACAUAUCACAUGCUUCCAAUCAACAAUCACAAACGCAAUAUUCACCGGCCAUGAUGAAUCGUUUUAGAAGACGUGGGGAACGUAUGUCCAAAGAUCAAAAAGAACUUUAUGUAAAAUUCUUUGAGGAGAAUCCCUGCAUGUUCACCCAACGUCGCAAUGACGUUAUGCUGGAACCUUUGUGGAAUAAAUUAGCCAAUCUUUUGAAUAGCGUACCCCAGGGGGCCGUCAAAAAUGUAGAAGAGUGGAAACAGACAUUCGACGCAUGGCGUUACAGAGUGUUUAUGUACACCCGCUAUAACACGAAACUGACCGGUGUUGCGGCCCAAAAUCCUAAAAAUUAUAAACCAUUAACAUCCACGGACCAAAGGGCAUAUGUUAUGUGGACCAGUCAUAAGAGCACCGCACCUCCUGAAUUUGACGGGAAAAUUGAAAUGUUUAGCAAUUUGGAUGAAACCCAACCCGAUUAUGAUUACUGAUUGAGAAAGAAAACCAUUAAAUUGUUUUACAAUACUAAAUCAUAAAUUGCUAGAUGUACAGCAAGUCAUUCUUGCGUCGUUUCGAUAUAAUA